AUCGGUAAUAAUGUCAUAAUCCCGUCAAAAACUCAAAAUUUGCUCCCAAAAUGGUCGAAUUCAAAGAAUCAUGUAUUGUUACAUUACUCAACUACAAAUUAAUCUUCAUUAUUGUGUAUCCUUUGAUUUUGAUCUUCAUUUUCUUCCUCAACCUUUUCGGUUCGAAUUCAACCGGAAACAGUUGGGUUUACAUCUCUAUCCUGAUGAUUGGCUUCUGGAUUCUUGAGCCCUUACCAGUGGGGGUGACCUCCCUGAUCCCCCUGAUCCUUUUCCCCCUUUUGGGGGUCCUCAACACGAAAAAAACCUGCUUCAAUUACUUCCAUGACUUGAAUAUGACCACGAUUGGGGCCCUAAUCCUGGGAUUAGCCGUCGAAAUGAGUAAUCUUCACUCAAGAGUCUCUUUAAGGAUUAUAAAACUGGUUGGUUUCAGGUACCGUCUUUUGAGUCUCGUUUUUACCAUCGCAACCAUUGCCAUUUCCAUGUGGUUCUCUAAUACCACAACCACUUGCUUCAUGAUGGUCAUAGUCAAAGAGGUUCUGCACCAAAUGGACGAAAUUGGUUUGGCGAAAAUGUGGUUCGAGGAUGAGAACCAAAACCCAACACGUGUCACGAAAUGCUUCUUUAUUGGUACUGCGUACGCGGCCACCAUUGGUGGGCUUGGUACUCUCAUGGGCAGUGGUACCAAUUUAGCGUUCGUUGAAUUAGUUACCAUCAAUUUUGGUACUUGGAUGGGUCUGAAUCUUUUAAUGGUUUUGGGGAUUAUGGUACCCACAUGGGCGGUAAUGCAAUGGUGGUACUUGGGAUGGGGGCGUCCCAUGUCACUUGAUGCUUCAGCUAUUACAUUUACAAGUGAACAAAUUGAAACAGCAAGUGUCAAUUUUGAGAAAAAAAUUCAAGAAUUAGGAAAAUGGUCCAUUCAUGAAAUUCUUGUUUUUGUUGUGGUUGUGGUUACUGUAGUGUUGUUGUUUUUCAGAAGGGUGACGUUUAUGGACCCGUGGCCAACUUGGAUCACCGAAGCACAAGUUGGUGAUGCCACAACCUUGACAAUUUUCACCGUCCUCCUUUUUGUCAUCCCUUCGGUACCCGAAUUUUGGCACAUUUACGACAAAGACGAGACCAAAAGACCGACAAAAAUGUCCCCAGGUUUAAUAACAUGGAAAUUCGCCAAUCAGCGAAUGCAUUGGAGCUUAAUUUUCAUAAUGGGAGGAGCUUUCGCUCUUGCUGGUGCAUUAGACAAGAACAAAUACAUCAAUUAUUGGGACUACGAACCUCUCACUUACCACAAACAAAUCCUUGCAGUUUUGGCCUCAAUUCUAGUGAUGACCCAAAUUAUGACCAAUGCAGAUUUGGUGAAAAUUUUCGUCCCUUUGAUGACCUCCAUUGGGAAGCGUUUCAGUGAUAUUCCUGAAAUGUAUUACAUGUUGCCGGUUGUUUGGUGUUGCAGUUUUGCGUUUGUACUUCCAGUGGCGACGCCGCCGAAUGCCAUUGUGGCCGUCAUGGGGAAUAUCAAGACCAUUGAGUUUGUUAAAAUUGGAAUUGUUGUCUUAUUUGUGGCGAUUGUGAUAAUGUGUGGUAUUUCGUUUUUGUUGGUGCCAAAGAUUUGGUGACAAAAUUAAAUUGAUGCUUG